AUGCCAGAGGUUUCACACAUUGAACCAGGACCAGACACUUUCCGGAUUCUUCUAACUACAGACAACCAUGUCGGAUACAUGGAAAACGACCAAAUCCGAGGAGACGAUUCUUGGCGGACUUUUGCUGAGAUACUGGACAUCGCAAGAGAGCAGGAUGUCGACAUGAUUGUUCAAGGUGGUGACUUGUUUCAUGUGAAUGCGCCUUCAAAGAAGUCGUACUACCAUGUCAUGAGGACACUACGGGAGCAUUGUUGGUGUGACAAACCGAUCGAGUACAAGCUCGUGUCAGAUCCGAGCGAUGCCAUGGCGACGAAGCAUUUUAUGUACCCGGCGGAAUAUGAUUCUAAUGUCAAUGUUGGGAUGCCUUUGUAUGCGAUUAGCGGGAACCAUGAUGAUGCCACGGGGGAAGAAUUGUUAUCCCCAUUAGACGUUUUAAGUGUGGCAGGGCUAUUGAAUCAUUAUGGAAGAGUCAUUGACAACGAGCAGAUCACGGUAUGUCCCUUGUUGUUCAACAAGGGAGAGACGAACUUGGCGUUAUACGGUUUACAUAGUGUCCGGGAGGAAAGAUUAAUGAAAACAAUGGCGAGUGGGAACUUGGAGUUUUUGGAGCCGGAUACGAGUGCCGAUCCGGGGAUUCAGUGGUUCAACCUCAUGUGUAUCCAUCAAAACCACGUUCAUAGACCUGGUGUGAAGGUUGUAGAGGAAACAUGUUUGCCGUCAUUCUUGGAUUUUGUGCUAUGGGGACACGAGCACGAUUGCCACCCAAGUGCGGUCAGGAAUGACAUCACCGGAGCAUACAUACUACAGGCUGGAUCGUCGAUUGCUACAUCUUUGAGUGAAGGAGAAACGUUGGACAAAAAUGUGUUUGUUCUAAGUGUGAAGGGGAAGGACUUUUCACUGCAGCCGAUUCGGCUAAAAAGCGUCCGUCCGUUUGUGAUGAAAGAUGUUGUGUUGAGCCAGACGGGGUUGAGUGCUACGAGCUCAAACAAGAAGGAGGUGUUGAACUUUUUGAUCAUGCAAGUGGAACUCAUGAUAGGGAAGGCGAACGAGAUCUGGAAACAUAACAACAGAAAACUGUUUGAGGAUGGUUUAAUGGGCGAGUCGGACGCUCCGUUGCCGUUGAUCCGCUUGAGAGUUGAAUACUCAGGUGGCUACGAGGUGGAGAAUCCGAGGUUCUUUUCCAAUCGAUUUGUCGGCAAAGUAGCUAACAUCAAUGACGUGGUGUUAUACUAUAAGAAGAGGAGG